ACUUCUCGCACUUUCAUCUCACGUAGGUUUCGUCGAAUUACGUAUUCCCUAUAUGAAAGAACGAGAUCACUAGCACUUCCGGUUUAGUAAGAGAGAUUUCCGAACUACUCAUUUUUCACAUUUUCGCUCAAUUUGCUUUACGUAAUAGACCCCUUGCUCGCCCCACACCAUUGGAGUUUCCCGACCUGUAUACACGGCCUUGGUUUGAACAAUUCCUUUGUGGAUCAAAUCAGAUCAAAUAAACCUUUCAUUCAUCCCAUUUUCUGUCAUUUUAACGAGCUGAAACUCUUCCUUACGUUAACGAUGUUUAUAAACACUUAAUUAUUGUCCUUCUAGUUUACAUAUUUUCUCGUUUUUACUAUUUUUAUAUGGAGGAAUUAAUAAUGUUUAUAGAAACUCCAUAUUAUAGACGAGACACGUGUCAAAAAUUGUCUUUAUAAAUAUUACAACUUUUUGUUCGGGAAUAAAGCACCUUAAAAGUGGUUGUUUGAAUUUAUCCUAGUUUACUUCGUCUGUGUCGAUACAAGGAAAAGUUUUAUUCCUGACUUGUUAUCUCCCUGCAGAAGACACAUUUCAGGAACUGAUGUCAACGGAAUACAUCUGUUGGAAAAAUACGGACAUAGUUUUUUAUUUUAGUUCAUCAAUAGAAUUGAUUACCAAGAUUUUUUCUAUGGCUGAAAUGAAGUACAAUAUCAAUUUUGUUUUCUUAUGAAUUAGUGUUUGGACAUUGCUUAUGUACAAUGUGAUGUACUAUUCUGCGAUCAGCUUCAGAAAUAAUAUAUAAGCUCUACAGGGUUGAUCAGAAUAAAAACUACGAGGGUAUUCACAGUUUAAGCAAAAGGAGCAACAGCGAAAGGAUGUUGAAUCGAUUUAGAUCCGUGUUCUUAAAUGCAGUCGGAGCUACCGAUCUUGGUUUGGAGUAUUCUGUUGAAUCCGAUAAUGAAACUGUUGCGGAUUAUAUUAAUUCGAAUGUAUUAUUGCAAGUUGAAGCUAAACCUUAUAGUAGACCAAGUUUUUUGGGUUUAACAAAUGAAGAGACUCAGGUCAGUGCAGAUCACAAAGUUAGGCCUAUCAUAGUUCCAAGAGACCUUAGUCGCCUACCAUGGUGUGCUGGAUAUGCAGAAUGUAUAAAUGCGGGAAAAAGUACUUGGAACGAGGAUCAAGCUGCCGCAACAAGAGGGGAUUUGAAACUGCGGGAUGUAAAUUUAGCUUUACCAUAUGUAAUGUUUUCCAUGUUUGAUGGUCAUGCUGGAUAUCAAGUUGCAUUAAUGUCAAGAUUACACCUACAUAGAAUUAUUCUUGAGAAAUUAAUGGCAAUACCUGGUCAUGUAUUGCUUAGUGAAAAUGCAGAUAAUUUGAUAGAAAGCAGAGAUCUCGUUACCGGCGCUAUUGAAAUGGCUUAUAGACAAAUGGAUGAAAUGGUUGAAGCCCAAGCUCAUCGAGGAGGUGGUGGUUGUACAGCUAUUACUAUUUUAUUUUUAAAUGGCAGAUUAUAUGCAGCUGGUGCUGGAGAUUCUAGAGCAGUGCUUGUUAAUGGAGAUACUCAAAGGGCUUUAACAAGAGAUCAUACACCAGAUUCAGAAUCUGAUCGAGUAAGAGCAUUAGGCUUUCUGAGGAGUGGAGAGUUGCUGAAAGGUCAAUUUACACCGUUAGAAUUUAUAAGAAGACCAUUACAGAGUGAGUUGGGGUCCUCAGUGUUGUACCGAGAACCAUAUAUGACUGGUUGGGCAUAUAAAACAUUAAGUCAUCCUGAUUUAAAACUGCCUCUUGUAUCCGGACGUGGAAAAAGGAGUAGGGUAAUGGGAACAAUAGGUGUCACGAGAGGCUUCGGUGAUCAUGGAUUGAAAGCUGUCAAUACUGGAAUCAGCAUUAAACCAUUUUUAUCAUCUCAGCCAGAAAUACAAUCUUUAAAUUUAGAUAAAUAUAAUCUUUGCGAAAGGGACUGUGUAAUAAUAGCUACGGAUGGUCUCUGGGAUGUUGUUUCAGACGAACAUGCCGCAAAUGUACUUCGGAAAAUUCUUGCACCUGAAACACCAUCUUUAGAAUACAGGCUUACAAUGGGGGCUCAGGAAUUGGUACAGACAGCGAGAGGUCGAUUAAUUGAUGGAGUUUGGAGAGGGAAGCCAGAAAAUUCUGAUGUCAACGGUGAAUCGUGUUUGCCAUUGGCAUCAGUGGAUGACAUAAGUGUUUUAGUAAUACCUUUAUAUCCUUAUCUAUGCGAACAUAGGCAAUGGUUUAAAACCAAUCGGCAAGAGAAUCUCGCCAAUUGCUGUGAACAAUUUAGGACAAAACAGGUGUAACUAUAAAUCACAAUUCCACGCUUAGCAAAACUGAAACUCAAGCAUCUGGUGAUAUCAUAAAAAUUUUAUUACGACGAAAUUUUCAAUUGGAAGAAUAUUUAUAAAUUUGAUCACCAUAUCAGAUUUUCCUUUGCAGUAUUCAUUUAUACAUUUGUAUUCAUAUUUACACUUCGAAUAGAAACAAAUUUACAUUCCACAAAAAAAUUGUAGCUCUCUUAACAACUGUUUGUUGGUUUGUAGUUCUACUUGUAUAUAUAUGUGCAUGAUUUUGUACGUUAAAUAAUUCUAAAGAGGAAGAAGCUUAUGUAGAUCAUUAUCUGACAUUCCUUGUUUUUGUAUUGCAUUGUAAUUUCAAAAUAAUACACAGGUUGUUCAUGAAAUGAAUACUCAAGCCUGUAAAUACUAAACGAAAGUAUAUGAUUUUCAUUAUGAUUUUUCAAAUGGUAGCAUUUACCGCACUAAUGAUGUAUUAUAUUGAACUUCAACGCUAAUUGUAAGUAGUGUAAUAUAUGAAUUAUUAUUAUAUGAUUAUUAGCAAAAAUAUGUGUACGUGUUAAUCAAUACUGUCAACAUUAUGAAUUAAUAAUUUAGUCUUGAUAUUCGACCAUUCCUUUGCAAUGAAAAUCAAAUGAAUGCAUUUUUCAAACAUUUUUACUCAAUGUUCGAUCAACGAGGAAUAACACUUGCUAUUCAAAAGUAUUUUUACUUGAUUGAAAUUCUAACAGUUUAUUGCAUUCACCAUUAGAAACUUACUUUCAUUUGCAUACUUUCAUUCAGUAUAAAGUUAAGUAGUUGUGAAUUAACGUGUUUUAUGAGUAAAUGAAUAUAAAUUAAAAGUUUUUGUUGGAGAA